UCUCAAUCCAUUCAUUUCUCCAAUUACUUUAUAUUCCUUCAAUUCUUAUAUAUUUACCUAGAAUCAGACACAAUGGGCGACAAAAAGCGCAAGCUCACGCAGAACCCUGUCGAGGAAGAAGAACCCGCCAUUCAGCCCGAGGGAAAGAAGCCCAAGCACGAGAAGGCGUCGAAGGAUAAGAAGGAGAAGAAGGAAAAGAAGGAAAAGAAGUCCAAGUCGCGCGAUGUUGAGGAGGAUGUGAACGGAAAAAACACAGAGGAGAAGGCUGAGGAAGUGAAGGAAGAGAAGAAGGAAAAGAAGGAAAAGAGGGAAAAGAAGGAAAAGAAGGAAAAGAAGGAAAAGAAGGAAAAAAGUGACAAGAAAGAAAAGAAAGAGAAGAAGGAGAAGAAGGAGAAGAAGGAUUUAAAGAAGGAAACGUCUGAAGAGAAGGAAGAAAAGGAAGAGGGAGAGGCUGAGGACAAGGCCGCUCCCACUGCCGAAGAGUUGCCAGACACAAUGGACGUGGAUGUAAAAUCUACCGAAAAGAAGGGCGAUGAGAACAAGGAGGAGACCCUGGAGGAGAAGAGAGAGAGAAGAAAGAAGAACAAGAAGGAGAAGAAGGAGAAAAAGGCACAGGAGGCGGCCGAAAACGCCAAGCAACAAGAGCAACAAUCUGAAGAGCAACAAGAGCAACAGAACGAAGAACAGCAAAAAUCUUCCCGCUUCAUUGCUUUCGUCGGAAACCUCCCCUACUCCGCAAACAACGAGUCCAUCAAAGAGCAUUUUGUCAAAAACCCACCCGCCUCGAUUCGUGUUGCUACCGAAAAGGAUAAGCCCACCAGAUGCCGCGGUUUCGCAUUCAUCGAGUUUGAGAACUUUGAUCGCAUGAAGACAUGCUUGAAGCUGUACCACCACUCUAUGUUCAAUGAUGGGAAGUACCCGCCGCGAAGGAUUAAUGUUGAGUUGACUGCCGGUGGAGGUGGAAAAUCCGACUAUCGCCAGUCCAAGAUCGAGACUAAGAACAAGAAGCUGAACGAUGAGCGCCAACGCACCUCGAAGCAAAUGUCAAAGGAGAAGGACAGGAAAACUCGCCACAAGAACGGCGAGGAAGAGGGUGGUGCUCAGGCUGUUGCAAACCCGGACGAUAACUUCGCUGGUGUGCAUCCUAGCCGGAGGAUGCGCUUGCCGUAAGAGUUGCAUUUUUAUAUUUUGUCUGUUUGGGUUGGUUUACUACUAAAAGCAGUUGUUUUUCAUUAUCAUUGUUUACCUCGAGAUAUCCUUUCUGCUCUCCUUGUCUGGAUUGUUGGUAGAUGCAUCAAGCUAGCUAUAGAUACUGGAAAUAGAUGAGAUCAAAUGCACAAAAUAUUUCCUUGAUUUGGGUCGACCUGUCCAGAAACCUUUAUGGCUUUCAUUGCAUG